AUGGAAGGAAUGGAAGGAAAACGAACCAUUUCUCGAGCGUGGCCACAAGGUGACGGAAUCCAGGUGGUCAACUCACGCUCUUCUCGCCUACCGCAGUUGUUACAAAACCGUAAAACAGUAUGCCAAGUGUCCCGUCGGCUAGACUCGGCGCGGCGCGGCCCCGCACCUACCCGCCGAUGCAAGAGAAACCCGACGAACAUCCACAUCGCCAUCAACGAACAUCCCCGGGUAACCGCCCAAUCCCUCCUUUGUGUUUGCUGUCUUAUCUCACUUUCUGUCACGCACGUCCAUGGGACCUUCCCUGCCUGCUGCCCCGCUCCCCCAGAACAAACGUGUCACUACUACUAUAUUUAUACCUACAUACCAGUGCUGUAUCGCUCCAGACCUUAUUCUUCUGCAUAUCACUUUCUACCGCAGAUCAGUCAUCAUGCACACCCAUAG